AACAAAAAGAAGAACAAAAAUAUUUAAAGAAAAUGGCUAAUUUGAAACUUAUAGCCAUUAUAUCAAAUUCAAUUAUUUCUACUACACAUUUUGUCCCUUCUACUCUUUGCAUCUCUAGAGCUUUUGUUAGUCCCACUAGACCUAAUGAAAUUGCAAAAAUAGAUAAAGAGACAGCCCAAAAAAUAAAAGAAGCAGCAGUAGCAGUGAAGGAAGGUGCACAAGAAGUAAAAAGUGUGGGGGAUUCAAUCAAAGAAACUAUCUCUACUAGUGCUGGAAAUGUAAUUUCAGAGAUGUCUAAGAAAGUAUUAGACAAGGCUACAGAGAAUGAAGAAAAAAGUACAUGGGAAAAUAUCAAGGAAAAAGUCACUGGCAAGUGAUUUUCAGUUUUAGAGGAUUUUUUUUUUAUUUGGGGGAAUAAGAAUAAGAAUAAUUCUUCUAUUCAUUUUCAUUUUAAGUUAUGUUAGUUUGAUAUUUGUAUUUUAAAUCAAGAUAAAUCUUUUUAGGAUGGAGAGAAUACAUUGUCAUUAAUAUCAAAUAAGAUAAGAUUAUAAUUACAAUCGAAACCUAAA